UCAUCCCUCCCUCCCCGCCUACUAGCAUCAAUUUCUCCUCUAGUCAGAGGAGGGGAGGCUGAAAGCAGAAGAAGAUACUCGCCUACAUCAUAAAAACGAAGAAUUAAGUCAGCUAACGUUACGGGACAUUUUGGACUCGACUUUUAUUUUUUAUUUUGGUGUGUAAGUUCCUGUCGUCAGCAAUGAAGUCAUCAAACAGUCGCCCCUCCAGACUGGGUAGAAACCCCUUCGUCCACAAGCUGAAAUUCACCAUGACAGAGAAAAUAAAGAUAGGACUGAUGUCAGUUACAGUGUUUCCCGUUCGGCUGCUGCUGGUGUCCUCCCUCAUGCUGCUGGCGUGGCCCUUCGCCUUCACAGCGGCCCUGGGACGUUCUGAUUUUGUCAUUGAGCCACAGCCGUGGUGGAGGAGGUUUAUUGACCUGUGUCUACGGGUGAUCAUGCGAGCCAUGUGGUUUUGCGGAGGUUUCCAUUGGAUCAAGGUGAAAGGGGAACGGGCGGCAGCCUCUGAAGUUCCCAUCCUCACUGUGGCACCACACUCCUCCUACUUUGAUGCCAUCCCAGUCACCAUGACCAUGUGCUCCAUAGUCACCAAACUGGAGAGCAAGAGCAUUCCCGUCUGGGGCACUCUGAUCAGCUACAUCAGGCCGGUGUUUGUGUUUCGGUCGGAUCAGGACUCCAGAAGAAAAACUGUCGAGGAGAUCAACCGGAGAGCCCAGUCUGGAGGGGAGUGGCCUCAGAUCAUGAUAUUCCCAGAGGGGACGUGCACCAACAGGUCGGGGCUCAUCUUGUUCAAGGCUGGGGCUUUCAUACCAGGAGUCCCAGUGCAGCCUGUGGUGCUACGCUACCCAAACAAACUGGAUACUGUUACAUGGACGUGGCAAGGUCCCGCAGCGUUCAAGAUCCUAUGGCUCACUCUGUGCCAACCUCAUAAUCCCAUGGAGAUAGAGUACUUGCCUAUUUAUACUCCAUCAAAAGAGGAAAAGGAAAACCCUGCCCUGUUUGCCAACAAUGUCAGAAAGCUCAUGGCCAAAGCACUGGAGCUGCCACUCACAGACUUGUCCUUUGAUGACCGUGAAAUCAGCCUUGCACGGGGCCCACUGCGCAUACAUGACCUCAACAGCCUGCUGGAGUUCCACCAGCUGGUCUGCCGCUUGGGGCUGAGAGCAGGAAGGACAGACAACGUGCUGGAGGAGCAGGCCAGAAGAGCCAGAAAGCUGCGGGGAGACAGGCGGAGUUUAGAGGACUUUGCCCAGUUCCUCAACCUGCCAGUUUCAGACACACUCACGCAAGUCCACAGCCUCUUCGACCAGUGUGGAGAUGGGCAGAUUGACAUCAGACACUAUGUCAUUGCUCUGUCCACCGUUCAUCGACCGUCAAAGUCAAUGGAGACCCUCAAGUUGGCCUUUAAGAUGUAUGAGAGCGAAGAGAACGGGUACAUCCUAGAGGAGGAGCUCGCCGCCAUCUUGGAAAUAAUGUUGGGAGUGAAAGAGGUGGAACUUUCCGGUCUGUUUUUAGCGCUUGACAGACCUGACUCAGCGAAGAUCACAUAUGAUGAACUUCAUCAUUAUAUAGAGCAGCACCCGUACUUCGUCCAGGAUUGCCUCGAUUUUGAAAACCAUCCGCGCAAAUUCGGGCCGCCGAAGAGCUGCAACGGCCAAAAGCACAACAAAGAGGACUGAAGAAUGGACUCUCAUGCAACCAUUCUAUUGACUCUCUUCUCUAUCUGAUGUAACAGCAUCUCCAAAUGCUUUCCUAGCACCUCUGUGCCUUUAUAAGUAAGGGUAAAGAAAGCAAUAGACAGAGCAUUAACAAAGUGAGGAUAGGUGAGUGCAGCACAGGAUGGAAUCGCUUAUCUCAGUUCUUUUCUGAACUUUCUUUUUGCCUUCCUUUGUAUUUUUGUCCCCAUUAUGAUAUAAAAAACACACUUUUGUUUUUUUUGCGCUGCAGAUGUAUUAUUUAUUUUUUACAUUUAUAUUCUAUGUAUUUUCUUUUAGCCCUUUUGUCUGAUCUAAGACAAAUUGACAUCCUGCUGCUAUCAGUGCACAUAGAAACAUAGAAACCUAAUUUCAGGUAAGAAGGAUCAGGAUAUAAAUCAUGCUGCCAUUCUGUGCUAAGACAGAUAAGACACUAAACUACAUAACAAAUACUAGAAAAAUCUGCCACUUACUGUAAUCCAGAGAAAUUAUUCCUUACUUCAAGCAGCUGUGUCAGUGCCGUACAUUUACAACCCCUUGCAAAAAAAACAAUUGACAAGGAAUACCGAUGAAAUCAUCCAGCUAUAUUUUUUUGUAAUAUGAUGAGUAAUGUUAUGCCUAAUUUUUUUAAAUGUCUAUAAUGUUUCCAAAAAUAGUUUUUCUCCACCUUUUUAAGGGAAAUCAUUUUUUAACGGUCUAAUUUUUCUUAGAAAAACAUUUAAGAGGAUGGUUGUUGAGUAUUUUUGGAGCAUCAAAUCCUCCCGUUAAACCUCUGACAGAUAUUACACACGACUGUGAGACUGUGCAUUUUUACGCCGGUUUAAAAAUCGAUCUCAGAUGGUUUACGCUGGACUGACACAUUUUAUACCUUAUGGCUGCAAUGUUCCUGUAAAGUGUAAUUUCAAGAGUCUUAAAUGCAGAAACCAAAGCUACUAUUGCAUUCAUUUUACAAAUAAAAUAAACAAUCAUUUUUG